CAGUCAAUAUCUACAACGUCGUUGGAUGCAUCGACGAGAUUUGUGGGCAGCAUGUUUCAGAGACAACGUACUGAAAUGGACCAAAAGCAAGUGUCGGCAGGGGUACCGAAAAGUCUGAAAUGUAACACACGUGCAAGUGUAAGCACUCAGAUCAACCUCCACUCAAUUCCCGUUGUCUUGGAAGAAUACAUAAUCGAAGGAUUCAACCUCAACAACAGCCCAUCGUCGCCUUUCGUAUUCACGGAUAACCUUCCUCGCAGCGUAUGGCGUCAGCAAUCGUAUAAUUGGGAGUAGACAUUGUGAGCAGGGAUAGGUGAAGCAUCGCGACUGAGCAAUAGUCGUCUCCUGCUGUAUCCUUGCAAAACUUUGUUGAUACCAUUUAAACACCUUCAGCAUGUUUCAGAGACAACGUGCUGACUUUUGGGAAUGAUACAAAUAAUCGCGUCGAGAGUUCCCACAAGCAAAUGAAACGGUAC